AUGCCAGCCACUCUCGCAGAAAUCCUAGCAGAUCGAGCGUACGAGCAAGUCAUGAACUCCCUCAAAGUCAUUGGCUCAACACCGUGUCCUGCUGGCCAUGAUACCGUCUUCUGCAGCUGCCCAGCAGCCAUGGCUCAGAUGAACCCAACCAAAGACAUCAUCGCCAAGCGUCUCUACUACCUCAUGAUCCUCGAUCUCAUCCUCCUCAGCAAAGAACACGCCUGGAACUAUAUCGGUGACAAAGCAUCCCACGACGCCUUCACAGCUGCCGAAGGCCUCACACCAAAGCACUUUCUACGGCAGCUCAUCCAAGAUCAUCAAAUCAUCAGCAAAAUGAUUGCUCCUGCCCACAAGCUCAAGACUACCAUCGAAGCAACUCUAUCCCUCUGGACUGCCCGUACCCGACAGUGGCGCGAGAGGUACGGCAACAUUCAGACGGCGCUUUGUAAGUGGCCCGACGAUGCUUACCCCGAAGCGGGUCCUAUAAGGUCGAUGCCACACACGGAAGCAACGCGGAACGCCAACGUUGGGGACAUGAUCAUGGUCCCAGAGCUAACACCAAUUGAAAGCUUCGAGCAUUUUGAUGGUGAGCAUGGCUUUGAGGUGUGGAUGACCAAGUUGGACCCACGCGAUGGGAAGGGUCGCACGCCUUAUGGCGUUUGCGUGGAGGAAGUCGAGUUGUGCCAUCCAGGAUGUGAGGUCGGAAGGAAGUUGUACGAGGAGAAGUUGGAGAGCGCUGCAAAGAAGGUGUUGCCUGAGCUUGAGGCACGGCAAGGUCAGGUGCCUUUCAUGUACUGA